UCUCUCUCUCUCUCUCUCUCUCUCUCUCUCUCUCUCUCCUCUCUCUCUCUCUCUCUCUCUCUCUCUCUCUCUCUCUCUCUCUCUCUCUCUCUGUGUCUCUCUCCCUCUCUCUCUGUCUCUCUCUCUCUCUCUCUCUCUCUCUCUCUCUCUCCUCUCUCUCUCUCUCCCUCAGCUCUCAGACUCUGGCCGGUCUGGAGUUUGUUCAGCAGUGUCUGAAGUUCGACUGGGACGUCCAACUGUUCCUCACCAAGAGAUGUGCCAUCAACACAGAGCUGGCCCGCACGAAAGAAGACGACGACACGCUGUCCACCAUGAACCACAACAUCCUGCUGCAGGAGCGACCAAUCAAACAGACCGUCACCAGGGAGGCUCUGACUCUGCUGCUCGACACUUUUCAUAACGAAGCCGAGUCCUUCCUGCUGUCAGAGGUCGAGCUGUCGCUGCACGUGGAGCGUCUCGUCCAAUCAGUGAAGGCGCUCUGCAGCUCGUUAGCUGCCGUGGAGACGCCUGACGUUACGUCCGCCCUCAGCCAGCUCCCAGCAUGCCCCUGUCGUCUGCAGCCCAAAGUGCUCAAGGAUGCUUCAGUGCUCGCCGUCAGAGACAACAGAGAGAAAGUGGUGGAGAAGUUGACGGCGGCCAUCUUGGAUCUGGUGGAGCUGUACUGCAGCACGUUCAACGCCAACUUCCACACGACGCCGCAGAGUCAGAGCUGCACGGCGCCCGUUCAGGAGGCGGGCCUCGUCAACAACGUGCUCUCCUUCAGCGUGUACGCCGCUCACCGCAUCCCCAUCACCUGGGCCGCCAGUUACGAGGGCUUCUUCCUGUCCUGCUCUCUGACUCAUGGUGGGGCGGAGCUCUGCGCGCCGCAGCACACCAGCAAACAGUCGGUCAGCAAGUACCUGUUCCACCUGGUGGUGUGGGACCAGAGGGUGUGUUUCCCCGUGCAGAUCAACCAGCUGCCCAGAGAGUCUCAGCUGACGGUGACUCUGUACGCCACCUCUCUGCCGCCCCCCGGUGGAGCGGAGGAGAAGGGGAAGCAGCGGCGCAGCAUCGAGGCGUUAGGUUGGGUCACAAUGCCGCUCUUCAACUUCAGACACGUCCUGACGUGUGGCAGGAAGUUACUGGGCCUGUGGCCUUCAACUCCGGGGAGCGGAAACGCCCGGACGAGCUCGCCCAACUUCAGCCAACCGGACAGCGUGAUCCUGCAGGUGAGACAGGAGGUCUCACUCUGUCUGUUUUUCAGCAUCAGAGCAACAAGAGUCCACACGGCUUAGACAAACAUCCGAGCAUGCUGUUAUUAAAUAAAGUUUGAUGUUUCUCCAGGAGGUUAAGAUCUGCAGGGAGCUGAUGAUGUUUGUUAUCAUGUUUAUUUAGGAAACACACACACACACACACACACACACACACACACACACACACACUGACUCAUCUCUCUGCUGUAAUGAACUGUGUGAGGUCAGACAAAUUGUCCGCUGCAGGUCGUCAUGAUAAAAACAGAUCUCCAUGAGGUUGUCAAAAUGUCUCAUACUUCUUUACCUUUUGAUACCAGGUGUUUUAAAACGAUACAAUCUGUUUCUUUGUUGAAGGAUUGUUUACAUCAAAGAGAACCAGAGCGUUAUAAAAGCUACUCAUCUUCAGCAACAAGACGAUUCAAAGUGCUGCACACAAGACGUCAAACGAUGUUAUUUCUACAUAAUUCAAUCACCUUGUAACAAAGAACAAAGAUAAUUCAUCUACCUGUAAACACCUUUAUAAAGAUGAACACUAGAAGACAUCACAUCCACUAAAUCUAACUUCAGAAGAGUGCAGACUUAAAGAUUAAUAAACUUUAUAAUAAUGUUUGACUUUGAGGCUGAACACGUCAACAUGUGUGUCUGUGAGUUCAUAUCUGAUGCCCCCUGGUGGACGUAAAGUGAAGGACGCACACCUGCUAAAGAGGACGAGAGUGUGUCUGUACCCGGUCCUUCACGACCCCGGAUGAUUAAACUUCAGAGUUAAAUGGAUGUUCUGGUUCCACACAGACAGAAGCAGAAGUCUGAGGUGACUCCUGAACGCUGUCUCAGUUAUACAAACACAUCGUGAAUACAUUCAGCACCAACUCCAAUGUUUUUGAAUAAAUGUAGAGAGCGCGCUUUCUCUUUCGCUCGUCGCAGCUCUUGGUUUAUUACAUGACUUCUGUACUUUUUUUACACAGUGAAUCAUUAAAACAACAAAUAUCGUAUUGUUUAAAAACACAAAUCUAAAGUCUGAAGUAUCAAACUUUAGUCGCUCGUCAGCUGCUCUCAUUUUUUUUUACCACCUAAGAAUAAAAAGUUCUGCUUUCA